GUCAGAUGCUCCGUCCUUCUCGUGUGAGCCUGAGACGAAACAUCACACAAACUGAAGGCUGCUGGAAACUGUCUUGACAGUUGACUUUCAUCACCACCUUCUGCUGCUGCCACCUGCUUUUAUAGAUAUGUCAAACGCCUGGACCUUAUUAUUUCUCCUCCUGUCGGGGGGAGAAGCAUUCAUGAUCCACAACACCCAGCACUGCCUGUGUCUGGAGGACUCAGUGGACACCGGUGAAGUCCUUCUCAGGAAGUGCAACCUGGACUCAGAGUCUCAGCAGUGGAGCUGGAUCGACCGGGGCAUGCUGAUGUGUGUGGCAUCAUCCAGGUGUUUGUCAGCCCAGCAGGGAGAACUGGUCCGGACCCAGCCUUGCCACGCGCUGGAGGUGGAAGUUACAGGGCAAAUGUGGGACUGUGACAGGGACAGACUAAUCAACAGAAACACAUCCAUGCUAUUGUCAGUCAAUGGCCAGCAUCUGAUUCUAACGCAAGGCAGCCAGCAGUCAAAGUGGAAAUCUCUGGAUGAGGGGAACAUCUGCCAGGAAAGACUCAGGCUCAGGAGGGCAGCAGAUGAUUUAGAACAGUUUGAUCCUGCAGAAGAGCAAACAGAAGAUCAGCCAGCCAUGACGGAGGAGCAGAGGGAGUAUCUCCGCUGGUUCUACCGCACUGAGGACCCAACUAUAUGGAAGUUUGUGCUGCUGGGAUUGGCGUUUGUCUGCCUUCUUAUUGGUUUUCUGCUGCUGGGAAUGGGAGCCAUGGCCAACAAGAGCAGAAAGAAGAUAGCUAAGUACAAGGCAGCAGCAUCUCUGGCUCAGAAAAGUCAAGGGGAAGAGCUGCAAGUCAUUUCAUCACUCACAGACAACAGUGCAUCUCCACGAUCAGACAGGCGACUGCUGUCAGACCAGUCCCCAGUGUCCAACAGGGACGCAAAUGAGCUCAAAGCAGGAGACAUUGUAGUCACAUGGAAAGAUGGCAACACCUCUUGUCUGUACUCCAAUACAGAGGAGGAGGAACAGGAGGAGGAAGUGAAGGAGAAACAGGAGGAGGUGCCGUCUGCUGAUCUGGAGGUUCAUGAUGAAAUGAAGACGAUGGAAUGAUGAGUAGUGACCUCAGUUUGUAACCCAGAGUAUGAUGCUUUGCUUGAGUUGUUUAUAGAAACCUCAACUUUGACGAGCUGGAAAGUUACACUACACAACAGCAAAUGAGAUCAUUAAACAAAGCUCGCUCAUAAAGAAUAUGUCGGAUCUUCAAUCAAAAAAUAAAUACAUGAAUAAAAAUAAUCUGUUCCUGUUUGAAGUCUCAAAUGUUCAUAGAUCAAUAAAUAAUUUCAAAGA